AUGGGGGAUCAACCUAGAGAAGCACAGAUGUUCAUAAACAAGAACUAUCACCUGAAACUUCCAGGCCACGAAGACAGCGAAUUCACUUACGAGAUAUACUAUACGGUACCGCACGGAGUCCAAGAAGCAAGCCACAUAAGGCCCGGAAAACUUUUUACUGGGACGCAAAGAAGAGCUUUUGUGCCUGGCACUACUGAAGGAACACAGGUGAUGCGAUUGCUGAAGUUUGCCUUUGAACGUCGCCUUAUAUUCACGGUUGGAGAUUCAAUAACAACGGGUGCAAAAAACGUUGUAGUGUGGAAUAACAUACAUCACAAAACGAACGUCACUGGAGGACCACAGAAAUAUGGAUAUCCUGAUCCCGAUUAUCUCAAUAGGGUCAAGGAAGACCUUUCAGCUAUGGGAAUCACUGAGGAGAUGGUACCGCCAGACAUCGGCAUUUAG